CCUCCUCCCCCAUCAACGCUCCCUCCUCACAUUCCCCGCACACCAAGAGACGAAUCUGUCCAUGCUAGGGUUUGGAUUCGUGGGUGGAGCCCGAGGUUAGAUCCAGCAGGGGAAGGAAGAUAGAGGAGGGGAGGGAAGGGGUUAUGAUCUCCAUGAUGUGGAGGCUGUGGACAGAUGCUCAAGAAUGAUGGUUUCAGUCAUGUCAUUGCUGAAGACCGAACUGACCAGGUCUACCUAUCUAAACAGAUCUUCAUGGUUCUCUACAACCGCGACAACGUGGAGUCCAUCGGGCUGGACGAAGCGGCCAAAUGCCUCGGCGUGGAGAGGCGCCGGAUCUACGACAUUGUCAACGUGCUCGAGGGCGUUGGGCUCGCCAUCGCCGCCAUCUUCGAGCCUCCCUAAAGCACGGGCGCUGCGGGGUCGUUCCUCACCGGCGUCUCCUUGGCCAACCUGUCCAUCUCCUUCCACCGUAUGCCUAGGGUCGAGUGCCUCCCACCCAUCAAAUCCAAGCAUCAGGAGGUGCUCACCUUUGACAGCGGCCAUCCCUCAACCCUCUGUAGCAUGUGGCGCCCCGCUGCGAAUUUGCCUCUAUGACAAUUGCCAUCCUCGCAUCCCAAACCGUCGAUGCCCACCCCUAACACGGUUCCUGACCUCCCUGACAGGGGAC